CAGCUCUUCUUAGAGCUUUUGUAAACUUUCUCAGUCGAACGAGAAGCCAAAUGUUUGGCCAGUGCGUCUCUUAACUAAUAACUAUACGGACAUAAAAUGAAUCAAAGUAUAUCAUUCAACAGCUCUGGGCUUUCCAAUAAAAUGUUGAUCGGCAUGGGCGUCAGCCUGAUUGCCGUAGGUGGGGCCGGCUACCUGGUUUAUCGCCAUUUGCAUCGCGAUGUGAUGCCAACGAAAUGGAGACGAGUUGGAAAACUGCAGCGGGUGAAUGUGUUCCCAGUCAAAUCGUGUGCUCCACUAGAGGUUGACCCCCAGCAGGAAUACGAUUGUGAUGUGCUUGGCAUUGGCAUUGGAAAUGUGCGAGAUCGCAAAUUCAUGUUAAUCAAUGAUAAUAAUGAAAUGAUAACCGCUAGAGGUUAUCCGCACAUGGUCAAAAUUCAGCCAAAGGCGCUGCCCAACGGAUUGGUGUUCAGCGCACCUGGAAUGCCCGACUUGGAACUGGAUUUCAAGCAACUGGAAACACUCUCUGAAGAUGUACACACCUCCAUUUUCAGCGUGGCCAUCGACGUGAUGCUGUGCGGCAGCCGCUUUGACAAAUGGUUCUCAAAAUUUAUUCUUAAAAAGGAUUCUGGCGUAAAGCUAGUUUACUAUCCAUAUCCAGGACCAGUUCGCAAGACAUGUCCAGAGCUGAAGCAUAUGCCUUAUUUAACACAGCAAGAUUCUGGCACAUUCAAUGAUGCAACUAGCUAUAUGCUCAUGAAUUUAGCUUCAGUGGAUGAUUU